AUGGACCAAUUACGUUUUGAUGGACGAGUGGCAAUUGUCACUGGAGCUGGUGCCGGUUUGGGUAAAGCUUAUGCGUUAUUAUUUGCUGAGCGUGGAGCUUCUGUGGUUGUCAACGAUCUUGGAGGUAGUCGAUCUGGAGAUGGUAGCAGUAGCAAAGCUGCAGAUUCUGUUGUAUCAGAAAUCCGCUCUAAAGGUGGAAAAGCUGUACCCAAUUAUGACUCUGUAGUUGAUGGUGACAAACUAGUACAGACUGCACUUGAGAACUUUGGUCGUAUUGACAUAGUAGUGAAUAAUGCUGGAAUACUAAGAGAUAAAUCAUUUGCACGAAUAAGUGAAUCUGACUGGAAUUUAGUACAUGAUGUUCAUUUGAAAGGUGCUUUUAAAGUUACACAAGCUGCAUGGCCACAUUUUCGUAAACAAAAUUAUGGUAGAGUUAUUGUCACAAGUUCUAAUUCUGGUUUAUAUGGAAAUUUUGGACAAGCCAACUACUCGGCUGCCAAAUUGGGUCUAGUGGGUCUUUGUAACACUAUGGCAAUUGAAGGUAGGAAAAAUAAUAUCAACUGUAAUGUUAUUGUACCUACAGCAGCAUCUCGACUCACUGAAGAUAUUCUACCACCAGAUUUCUUUGCCGAAUUAAAACCUGAACUAAUUGCUCCUGUGGUUGUGUGGCUUUGUCAUGAAAACUGUGAUGAAAAUGGUUCUAUUAUUGAAUCAGCUGCUGGAUGGGCUACAAAAUGUCAUUUGGUGAGGGGAACUGGUGCUAUACUUAGACACAAGAUUACAGACACAGUGGCUCCAGAAAAUGUCCGUGAUGUUUGGAAUCAGUUGACUGAUAUGUCACGAGCAACUAGACUGGAUUCUAUUGAAGAAGCAUCUUCAACUUUAUUAGGAGUUUUAGAUGAAAUCAAAUCAGGUCCAGAAGAAACCUUAAAUGAAGCUAAUGGUGUGUUCAGUUACAAUAACCGAGAUUCCAUUAUUUAUGCUAUUGGAGUUGGAGCAAAUGUAAAAGAAGAAAGUGAUUUACAAUACUUAUAUGAAUCUCAUGAAAAUUUCUCUACACUACCUACCUAUGCAGUUUUACCCAGUCUGAUGGCUACUAUGAGUAGUAGUUUGAUAACUGAGGCAAUACCCGGUAGAGAGUUUGAUUUAUCUCAGGUUUUGCAUGGUGAACAAUAUUUAGAACUACACAAGGCUUUACCAACUGAAGCUAAACUUAGUACUAAAAUUUGUAUUUCUGAUGUUUUGGAUAAAGGAAAAAAUGCUGUUAUUGUUGUUGAUGGUAAAACAUAUGAUGAAUCUGGUGAUUUGAUUAUCACAUCACAAAUAUGUACUUUUGUUCUGUCAGCUGGAGGAUUUGGAGGGAAACGGGUUUCAAGUGUUAUGAUUCCAAUACUCGAUGAACCUAAACGGUCUCCAGAUUCGACUGUUACAGAGAAAACUUCUGUGAAUCAAGCAGCAGUUUAUAGAUUAUCCGGUGAUCUAAAUCCUUUACACAUAGAUCCAUCAUUUGCACUUGCUGCUGGUCAUCAAGUACCAAUACUUCAUGGUUUAGCAACUUUAGGUAUGUCAGUAAGACACAUACUCAAACAAUUUGCUGAUAAUGACUCAAAAUUAUUCAAAUCACUUAAGGUGAGAUUCAGUAAACCAGUUGUACCAGGCCAAACAUUGUGCACAUCAAUGUGGAGAGAAGGUAACCGCAUUCACUUCAAAACUUCCGUAUCAGAGACAAACGACACAGUUCUAUCAGGCGCUUACAUGGAAUUACACGAAGUUAGAUUGCCAGCCAAACCACAUGUGGUAUUGUGCUCUGGGAAAGUCGAAGAACUGCCAAGCGAUGCAGUAUUCCACGGUAUGAAAGAACGCAUUGAAUCUAAUCCAAGCUUAUUAAAAUCUAUAAAUGGGGUCUUUGUUUAUCACAUCACAAAAAGUGGUAAAGUCACAAGUACAUGGACUGCAGAUUUGAAGAUUGGUAAAAUUUAUCGUGGAGAACCUGAAAAAGGCAUUAAAGCAGAUACAACAUUGACUAUUGAUGAUUCAGACAUGAUUGAUUUGGCUCUUGGAAAGCUAAAUCCUCAGAUGGCAUUUAUGAAAGGUAAACUGAAAAUCAAAGGAAACAUCAUGCUAGCUCAAAAAUUAAAAGCGUUAAACACUGAGUCAAAAUUGUAA